AUGUACGAAACAGCGAGAGGAAUCAUUAAAAACCUUGCAUUUAUGGUCGAUAACCAUGGAUUUGUGCCAAAUGGUGGCCGUGUCUACUAUCUCACACGUUCGCAGCCACCGCUUUUAAUACCAAUGGUUUAUGACUACUUUCUCGGUACCGGUGAUUUGGAUUUCGUUUUGCGAGGUGCCUACCAACACUAUGAGAUACGAUAUCUGUUUGUGAUAAGCAGAGAUUCUCGAAUCUACAAAGACGCCAAUGGGACGGAGAAAUUCCCAUACUAUCAAUAUAGAGCUACGCUGAAAGUUCCACGUCCUGAAUCAUAUCGUGAAGAUUAUGAAAUGAGGAAAAGACGCGUAUGUGGUCGGAAAUCGCAUCGGCAGCCCGAAACAGGCUGGGAUUUUUCGACCAGGUGGUUUGCUCAAGAUGGUGAAGACAAGCACGCAAUGAGAAGUAUUAGGACAUGGAGCAUUGUUCCAGUCGAUCUCAAUGCGUUCAUGUGCGUGAAUGCUCGGAUUUUGGCCAGUCUUUUCGAAAUCAGAGGAGACUUCAAAAAGGUCGCAUUCUACCAAGAACGUUACGAAUUAGCAAAACGUGAGAUGAAAGAGAUUCAUUGGAAUGAAACAGAUGGAAUCUGGUACGAUUACGACUUGGAGAAGAAGACUCAUUCGAAUAUUUACUAUGUGUCAAAUGCCAUACCACUUUAUGCUAAAUGUUAUGACGAUGAAGAUGACGUCACACCUCACAGGGUGCACCAAUACUUAAAGGUAAGUUGUCAUUUCACUCCUUUGUCCAUUUUUCUCCAUGUAGUGUAG